ACAACAUGGCGGGCAGUGUCAAUUCGGGAACGUCGCGAUCUUAACGUGAAAUAAUGAAUUUUGUUGUUUUAGAAUAUGGGUGAUUAUGUGCAAUAAUUUACCAAACUCUGAUGUGCAAAGUGUUGUGUUUUAAUUAUAUUUGUGUAUUUUUUGUGUCAAUAUGGCCUCGGAUAAAAUUAAAGUAGCUGUUCGGGUACGACCCUUUAACAGGCGAGAACUCGAGCUUGGGACACAAUGCGUGGUGGACAUGGAUGGUCAGCAGACUAUCCUGCAAUAUCCACAGGCACACGACAAAGAAAGGAAACAACCAAAGACGUUCGCAUUCGACCACUGUUUCUUCUCCCUGGAGCCGUCCGCGCCACACUUCGCCUCCCAGGAAACCGUGUUCAACUGCCUCGGCAGGGACAUCCUGGACAAUGCCUUCGAGGGGUACAACGCUUGCAUCUUCGCAUACGGACAGACAGGUUCAGGCAAAUCGUACACGAUGAUGGGCACGUCUGGGGGUGAUGAAGGCGGCAUCAUCCCCAGACUAUGCAACGCUCUGUUCGAGCGGAUCGCCAAACAACAGUCGCCGCCAGCACUCACAUACAAAGUGGAAGUGUCCUACAUGGAGAUAUACAACGAGAGAGUACACGACCUUCUUGACCCGGAGACCACGAAGCGGUCGCUGAGGGUUCGCGAGCAUGUAGUCUUGGGACCCUACGUCGACGGCUUGUCGCAACUCGCCGUCACCUCGUUUCAGGACAUCGACAAUCUCAUGACAGAAGGCAACAAGUCGCGAACAGUCGCCGCUACAAACAUGAACAGUGAAUCGUCCCGUUCGCACGCUGUAUUCAGUGUGGUCCUGACGCAGACUUUAUGUGAUGCGGCUACCGGAGUUUCGGGGGAGAAGGUUGCGAGGCUCUCAUUGGUGGAUUUGGCCGGGUCUGAAAGAGCGGUGAAGACUGGCGCGGUGGGGGACAGGCUUAAAGAAGGGUCCAAUAUCAACAAAUCGUUGACGACCCUCGGCCUGGUGAUAUCGAAGCUGGCAGACCAAUCCUCGACCAAACCCAACAAGGACAAGUUCGUGCCGUACCGGGAUUCCGUUCUCACUUGGCUGCUGAAAGAUAACUUGGGUGGAAACAGCAAGACUGUCAUGGUGGCGACAGUAUCGCCGGCUGCCGACAACUACGAAGAAACACUAUCGACGCUAAGAUAUGCGGAUCGUGCGAAGAGGAUAGUGAAUCAUGCCGUCGUCAAUGAGGACCCCAACGCGAGGAUUAUCAGGGAGUUGCGGCAAGAGGUCGAGGCGCUCAAGGAGAUGCUUAAACAUGCUACGGGUUCACCGGUGGGCGAGGACGUUCAUGAGCAACUAGCACAAAGCGAACAUCUCAUGAAGGAAAUGUCCAGAACUUGGGAGGAGAAGCUUGUUGAAACUGGUCGGAUACAAAGUGAGAGACAGCACGCGUUAGAAAAGAUGGGAAUCAGCGUUCAAGCCAGCGGGAUCAAAGUGGAGAAGAACAAGUAUUACUUGGUCAACUUGAACGCGGAUCCGUCCUUGAACGAGUUACUUGUAUACUAUCUUAAGGACCGAACCCUAGUCGGUGCAGACAGUUCAGCCGACAUCCAGUUAUCAGGCCUAGGCAUACAGCCCCAACACUGCCAAUUGCUAGUGGAAGGCGGCGGUCUAUACAUGGAACCUCUGAAUGGGGCCCGAUGUUUUGUGAAUGGAACCCCUGUAGUUUCCAGAGUGAGGCUGGGACAUGCCGACAGGAUAUUGUGGGGAAACCACCACUUUUUCAGGGUCAAUUGUCCGAAACAAACUGCCGCAGCAUCAGAGCCCCAAACACCAGCGCAGCCUAUAGACUACAAUUUCGCCAGAGAUGAGAUAAUGUUGAACGAGCUAAGCAACGACCCCAUACAAACCGCCAUCUCGCGGUUGGAGAAACAACACGAAGAGGACAAACAAGUGGCAUUAGAGAAACAGAGACAAGAAUAUGAGAGGCAGUUCCAACAGCUCAGAAAUAUAUUGUCACCGUCAACGCCAUACCCGCCAUAUUCCUAUGAUCCUCUCAAGUUAGGCAAAAUGACGGCAUGUACGCCGACCACAGCGGCUCGAGUGGAGCGGUGGGCGGCUGAACGCGACGAUACUUUCAAACGAUCACUCGGUCGGUUGAAGGCGGAUAUAUUGAGAGCUAACGCAUUGGUCCAAGAAGCCAAUUUCUUGGCUGAAGAGAUGAGAAGGAAUACACGAUUUAGUGUCACGUUGCAAAUACCUCCCCAGAAUCUAAGUCCUAAUAGAAAGCGCGGCGCAUUCGUAUCCGAGCCGGCCAUAAUGGUGAAGCGGCCGGGGCGCGGCGGGCAAGUGUGGUCGAUGGAGAAGUUGGACAACAAGUUGGUGGACAUGCGCGACAUGUACGACGAAUGGCGUCGGAGGCAGCAGAGGGGGGAUGACGUUAUUGAGGAGGCACCAGCGGAGAAAGCAGUGGAUCCGUUCUACGAGUCGCAAGAGAACCACAACUUGAUCGGCGUCGCCAACGUUUUCCUGGAAGCUUUGUUCCACGACGUGACCCUGGACUACCACACGCCCAUCAUCAGCCAGCAGGGGGAAGUGGCCGGGAGGCUGCAGGUUGAGCUAAGCCGUGUGGCGGGACAAUUCCCUCAGGACAGGAUCUGCGAGGCCGCCUCUGACAGUUCGGGGGAUAUGAGAGAUGAUGAUGACUCCUCCGACUCGGCCACUCAGCAGGUGACAAUCCGCGUGGUGAUCAAGCAGGCGAGCGGGCUGCCGCCGUCGCUGUCGCACUUCGUGUUCUGCCAGUACACGCUGUGGGGCGGCGCCGAGCCCGUGGUGGUGCCGCCGCUGGUGAGCGCCGACACGCCGCCCGCGCCGCCCGCCUCGCCGCGGCACGCGCCCGCCGUCAGCUUCCGGUUCAACAUGAAGCACGACCACACGCUGCCGCUCACCGAGGAGUUUAUUGAGCAUUGCGCAGAGGGCGCCUUAUCCAUCGAAGUAUGGGGCCACCGUUCGGCCGGUUUCAGUCGGACUCGCGGCAACUGGGAGGUGGAACAGCAACAGCUGGCGAAGGCGAGAUCGCUCGCCGACCGCUGGGCCGAGUUGACUCGCAAGAUCGAGCUGUGGGUCGAGAUACACGAGCUCAACGAUCAGGGCGAAUAUGCGCCGGUUGAAGUGGUGCCCCGCGCGGACAUGGUGACGGGCGGCGUGUACCAGCUGCGGCAGGGCCAGCAGCGGCGCGUGGCGGUGCGCGUGCGGCCCGCGCUCAACUCGGGCACGCUGCCCAUCAUCUGCCAGCACGUCGUCAGCCUCGAGGUCGGCUCCGUCACCGUCAGAUCUCGACUACAAAAGCCAUUGGAUUCGUAUCAAGAGGAAGAUUUGGCCGUGCUUCGGGAGAGAUGGAGUGACGCUCUCGCGCGGAGGCGACAGCAUUUGCAUGCGCAAUUACAGAAAUUGGUCAACAUGUCGCCAUCGAUGAAAAGCGAAAGGGAUAUGGAGAGGGAACAAUCACUUGUAGAACAAUGGGUGUCUCUUACCGAAGAGAGAAAUGCUGUGCUGGUCCCGAGCCCCGGCAGCCCGAUCCCGGGCGCGCCGGCCGCCUGGAGCCCGCCGCCCGGCAUGGAGCAGCACAUCCCCGUGCUGUUCCUGGAUCUCAAUGCCGACGACCUGACCACCCACCCAUCCGGCGAGGAGGUCACCGUGGCGGGACUUCACUCGAUCCUGCCAAAAGAGCAUGGAAACAAAUUUUACGAGCUACAAAUACUGCAUCAUCACGAUAAAGAUGUGUCGGCCAUUGCAUCGUGGGAUUCUUCGAUACACGACUCGCAGUAUCUCAAUCGGAUGACUGAAGCCAAUGAACGCGUGUACUUGAUACUGAAAGUGACCGUACGACUGUCUCACCCGGCGCCAAUGGAUCUCAUACUAAGGAAACGACUGGCUUUGAAUAUUUAUAAGCGACAGAGCCUAACAGACAGGAUACGGAAGAAGAUUGUGAGUGACAUUUACAGGAGCGAUCAGCUGACGCAUACGGGCGUCACGUACGAAGUUGUGUCGAAUAUUCCGAAAGCUUCGGAAGAAUUGGAGGAGAGAGAAAGCUUGGCACAGAUAGCCGCUACUGGCGAAGAGGCCAGUGCGGCCGAUGGCGAGACUUAUAUUGAGAAAUACACACGCGGCGUGAGCGCCGUUGAGAGCAUCCUGACGUUGGACCGCCUGCGUCAGAGCGUGGCCGUGAAGGAACUGGAACAGGCACGUGGCCAACCCGUCACUAUGCGCAAGACCGCUUCCGUGCCUAACUUCUCGCAGAUCAUGCGUCUAGACUCUUCGUUCGAAUCGCUCGCUUUAUCGUCGGGCCGGUCCGGCAGCGUGGCCGACCUGGCGGACGAGACGCCGCGGCGAUCCGUCCACCGCCACUCGUACGCUGCGCCCGCGCAUAACGACCCGGACGUGGCCACGCCCACCAAGCCGUUUGGACUCGCGUCUCCGGCGAGCGGCAAGCUAGGGCUGCGCAUGACGACUUUGCACGAAGAGCCGGGGCGGCGAAACGAUGACGACUCACAUUCGGAACCAGAAUCGGCGCCAGUGGAUGAACUUACUACCCCGCGAUCGCAUCGCACCCGCGCCAAAGCUACCCCUCGUGGCUUCCUACCCACUUCUAAGACUUUGGAUUCGCUUCACGAAUUGGCUUGCGAGAGGGUGCCCAACAAGAACUCUCCUUCUAUAUCGUCCAGCGGUUAUGGUUCACAAGCGGUAUCAUCAACAAAUCUAACCAACGAUGACACGCUAUCAAUCCGAAGCAUGUCCGUCGACGACACGCCAGACUUCGACAAGAGCGUGGACUACACGCACAUAACCCGGACCAAAACCACGAUGGCCGGCCUCAGGAACGAAAUCAGCGAACUAAGAAACGACAUCACCGAACUGAAGAAUGAAAUAGUCGAAUCAAAGAACGAAUUGGAGGACACUACAUUCGAGAAAGUUAAAACACCAGUUUUGACACCCGGUUCAAAGAGAAUCAACCCGUUCAUGAGGGAUUGCGAGGAUGUGAAGGAGGAAACGGGACAGAUGUUGGACCCCCUCGGGGCGAUUCCCGUGGAGAGCCACGUGAUCGUGUCUAGUCAAAGUAAGAGUAGCGACUCGGUACAGGUGAACGGAGAAGUGCAGCAUGAGUCUUCUUUCGGAGAGGCGGAGGUCGAGUCAGUAAGCUCUGAGCAGUCGAACCAGUCUUUCGAGCGAAGUCGGGAGGCGUCGUCAGUGGGCGAGAGCGACUCCGCGUCGCCGGGGCCCGACAGCCAUGGCAGAGUCAAGACUCAGUUGCCCGCUGGAAAGGUGGUUCGUCGACGAGCGGGCGGCAACAGGAAUUCCCGUUCGGAUCCCAAAAACCGACCAAAGUCCGCCAUAGAAACGAGCACGCACGCGAUGCGGCCUUUACACGAUACACCUGCCUCUUCGACCGAGAGGAUCGGGGAUGAGGAGUCAUCAGAGAGCGCGUGCGGUCGAGCGGCGGCCCCCGACUGGCUGAGCGUGGGCGAGAGCGUGCAGCUGCGGCUCAGCAGCAGCACGGGCGUGGUCGCGUACGUGGGCGCCGCGCACUUCGCGCACGGCCUCUGGGUGGGCGUGGCCUUGGACGCGCCCACAGGCAAAAACGACGGCUCAGUGAACGGCAUCCGCUACUUCGAGUGUCGCCCGCGGCACGGCAUUUUCGUGCGCGCCGACAAACUGGUGCAGGACCGGCGCGGGCGCAGCGCGCGCGCCUACAAGCAGAGCGAGCUGCAGCGCGCGGGGAGCAAAGGUGACGGCCUACACAAUUUACACAGAUCAAGGAGUCGCGGCGAGAGCAUAAACGUCGUCGGCACCAAAACUAGAAGCAAAUAAACUUCGCCUCAGUUCGUUCCUGUCCCUACCAGCUAGUAUCGGACCGAAUUAUACGAACGUCCAGUACUGUCCAGUCUGUACUUGUAUAGUGAACCAGUCUUUUUGUUGCAGUCGUGUAACGCAUAUGGUGCUUUGUAUGUAUUGUAGGUACGUUUCGUUCAUUACCGUCUCGGUAAAGCAAUAUUGUAUGCCUUUUUGUUGACAUUUUAAUUGUUGUUGGCAAGCUGUUGUUGGGGAAACCGCGUCUCUCGCCCGUUGAACGCCAACGCCGCGACGACGGCGCACGUUUCCGAACGUUCCAGAAUGUUUUAUAGCAAAUCCGACACUUAUUUUAUUAUUUGACUAAAUGUUUUCAUUUAUAUUGAAUAAUAUGUAAAUAGAAUUGAUAAUUGUGAUUUAAUUUUAUAUCAUUUAAUUUCGAUGUAAAUAUGUGAAUUUAUGUGUGUGUAUUAUUUAAUUUGAUAAUUUAGAACCAAUGAAAUUUUCGUGAUCGGUGAUGAUAUGAUUCAAUUGAUUAUUUGUAUAGGAUUUUUUACUGUAUAGUUUGUGGUAUAGACGCUAUCGUUAAUUAUUUAUGUAUUUAGCUCAUCGACUUUGCUUUCCACGUUUUAUGAUGUGAAGACAACUUUAUAUUCUAACAGUGGAAUAUAAAGUUUGUUUUUCUGUAACUUUUAUCUAACACUCCGCUUCAAGCAUUAAUAAAUUAUAAAUUAUAUUUUAUAUUUUCACUGUACUUCGUUGUAAUUUUAUAUUAUUGCUCAGGAGCAUUUUGUGUUUUACACACGAUUGCCGAUUUUAAAUGUGAUAGUUUUUUCUUGCCACGAAAUCUUGAAAUCUAUAAUGAAAUUUAUUUUUAAAAUAAUUAAAUUUCGCUUAACCCUUACUUACACUGUCUCAAGUAGAGUUUUACGAAAUCGUCCAAUAUUACAUCUUCGUCCUUAAUAAAAGACUUGUACUUAGUACACGACCAUUCGACGGAAUACCAAUGCCGUAACGUAGUUUGACAUUCUGUUUGGCGCAAGUUAUAAGCGGACCAUCAAAAUAAUAAGUACUGCGAUGGGGUAGUAAUUUUUACUUCUAUGAAGCGGACUGAAUAAGCUUUUUGAUGUUUCUACGAUAAGAUGUAGCACUUUAUUAGACUAAAUUUCCCAAUUAUACAACUUGUCGUUAUAAGUUUAUCAUUUGCGCCAAAUCUAUUGUCGAUUGAGUCGGACGGGUAUAUCUAAAUGAAGGUUAUGUAAAAUAUGAGUAGUCAUAAAUCGGCACAAUGUAAAUUAAACAUCACUUAAUUGUCCUCAAUUUAAUAUGUCCAUCCACUGUCGAACAAUAAUAGACAAAUCUGUCUGCGUGUUAGACGGACGACUUCUAGGCCACGUUUCAUUGAGUAGUCGUUUUGAAUAUUGUAAUUUUUUUGGUAAAAUAUCAAUCAUAGCUGCGUAGUACGCCAGUUGAAAAGUCCACAUCGCGCUCUGCAGUGACGGGGCGAUAGAUAUAGUACACCUAAUGUAUAUUCCAUCCUCUUAGAAAUAAUGUUUCAUAAGUACACUAAAAAGUACACAAAUAGUUUAAUGCCUCAUCGUCUACUAGUUCGAGAGACACUCGAGCGAUCAUGUAGCCCGCAACUUGCCUUCAUUCCUGUAAACAUAUGUAUAUUAACAUUAAAACGUAAGCUAUAACAAAAUUAUCAAAACUAAAUCAGCUGUUUAAAGUAUUGCACUCGAGGAUUUAAUGCCAGUGUUAGUGGAGCCGCGGCUUCAUCGUGACUCUUAACUUAUUCAAAUAAAAUCAGAAAACUGAUCUUAGCUUAUUAUAUAACAUUUUAUUAUAGCUAUUUGAAAUAAAAAUGUAUAAUCGAUUGGUGAAGCCGCGACCUGUUUUACUUAGCAUGAGUUCUGCAUAUUACUGUCAAUCAAAAUAUUGAUUUUACGUUUAUUCAAUGUAAAGUCGAGACUGCGCCUUUAGCGGUACAAAUAUAAAAUUUAAAGAGUAGUUACAUUUUAUUUUGUACGUAACGUUAAAAACUAUUUCGAUGCUACAGUAGAUUGUAGAACUCUUACUAGUAAUGCAGUAUUUUAUAAGCGUUGACUGACAUCGUAUUUGUCACACAUAGUUAUCACGUUUACAUUUAUCGAAUGCUUAUUAGACUGUCGUACUUAAACAUUCCAUUUUUCUAUACAUUUAUCUAGCAAUCUUAUGUAGAUUUUCUCUGACGAUUAGUUUUAAUUAUGAACGGACUUAAACAGCAUUAUUUUUGCAUUUUAAGGAUUUAACUUUAUAUUUAUAAACCAGUAAACCUAACUAGGACAGCUCAAUGUGUAGUCGAAGUAAAAGAAUUAAUGAAAUAAAUAUUUUCAAAUAUAGUAGGAUGUCUUUGAACUCUCGAUGUGCUUAAGUCCCGUAGUUGUAGAACAUGGAAAGAGAACAGAAAAUAUCUGAACUGAUCGCUUGGUCUGCUGAGAAUUGGUGGCGAGGUAUGCACUAGGGCUCCUAGUAUUAGGCUAAUAGUGACCUUAUAGGGUGCGCGCUCAUUAGAACGCGGAAAACGUAUUGCACAUUUGGCUUGAAGAAAACGAAAUUGAUUCUUUGCGUUGGUUGCCAAGAUAUAUAUUUUUUCGUAAAAGCCCUUCAAGUGAUAUGCUGUACGCUAGCCUCGACGUGUGAACGCGAAUCAAUAAGCAGCGUGAAGUAGGUUCUAAAUAUUUUUUUUAGAAAAUAAGCUGACCAUGUGCUGUGUUUUUGUUUUAAACAAUUAGUAUUUAGGUAAAUGAAAUUAUUUGUUUUAUUAAUAAAAUUUUAUUUCAUGUAGUAUUUUUUUGUAUUUAUUGCAGUCAAUUGAAACAAAUUAUACGAGCUUUUACGAUGUGAAUGUAAUUAGUUCUCUCUGAGAUCGUGCCGCAUGUUUAAUUUUAGCAUUAGAACGAGUUAUUUUAGUUGCAGAGUUGAAAUUGUGUAUUAUAAACAAAUUAAUUAAACAUAAAUCACAAAUCAUGUAUUUCUUAUUCUUUUAUGUGAUAAGCGGAUAGGCAGCUACUUGGUAGCAUAGAUGGUUGCAUCUUCAUAAUUGUGUACACAUUAUAAGCAUAAAGAGAUUUUAAUAUUUAAUAUUACGAAAAUAGUUCACUUCUAGUGGAAAUAUUUUUGCCAAGUAGCAGUUUGAGUCAACCAUCGCUGUCAUUAUCAAUAAAUGUAUUAUAACUUA